CUGUUUUGAAACAUCCAAGAACACCCUCAAAUACACUUGGGAUGAUGGAUUAUCAGAACUCUGAUAAUGAGCAGUUACUGAAACGUUUACGGUCUGCUCAAUCUGUUGAUGAGGUUACAUACCCAGCUCCUCCUCAACAAGCUUCAUGGGCACUUGAUGAACUUCCAAGAACUGUUGCCUGCUCAAUGCAUCAGGGAUCCAUUGUGACAAGCAUGGAUUUUCAUCCUUCUUUUCAAACAUUACUUGUUGUUGGUUGUGGCAAUGGUGAAAUUACCUUAUGGGAAAUUGGGAAGCGAGAGAGGCUGGUUUCAAAACCAUUCAAGAUAUGGGAUAUGACAGCUUGUUCAGUUCCAUUUCAGGGCAAAGAUCUGUCAUUAUCCGUCAGUCGUGUAGUAUGGAGUCCAGAUGGAAGCUUGAUUGGGGUUGCAUAUUCGAAGCAUCUGGUUCAUUUGUAUGCUUAUCAAGGGUCUAAUGAUCUGCGUCAACAUUUGGAGAUUGAUGCCCAUAUUGGAAGUGUAAAUGACUUGGUAUUCUCGCAUCCAAACAGGCAACUGGUUGUUGUAACAUGUGGAGAUGAUAAGUUAAUAAAAGUAUGGGAUAUGGCUGGAAGGAAGCUCUUUAAUUUUGAAGGCCAUGAGGCACCUGUUUAUUCUAUUUGUACUCACCAGAAGGAAUGUAUUCAGUUUAUAUUUUCCACUGCUGUUGAUGGGAAAAUAAAGGCUUGGUUGUAUGACAAUUUGGGCUCUAGGGUUGACUAUGAUGCUCCUGGACAUUCAUGUACAAAAAUGCUCUACAGUGCUGAUGGAAGCCGAUUGUUCUCUUGUGGAACAAAUAAAGAAGGGGACUCUUUCCUGGUUGAAUGGAAUGAAACCGAAGGAACACUAAAGAGGGUGUACUCAGGCUUCAGAAAGAAAUCUGCCGGCAUAGUACAAUUUGAUAUGACAAGAAAUCGCUUUUUGGCAGCUGGUGAGGAUGGGCAGAUUAAAUUUUGGGAUGCGGACAAUCCAAGUAUGGUCACAAGUACAGAAGCUGAGGGUGGACUUCUGAAUCUUCCUCAUGUUAGAUUUAAUAAGGAAGGGAAUCUGCUUGCUGUUACCACGGCAGACAAUGGUUUCAAGAUUCUUGCAAAUACCAAUGGUCUUAGAACUUUACGAGCAAUUGAGGCUCAAUCUUAUGAUGCAUCCAAAACACCCAUUGAAAUGAAGGUGUCUACUUCUGUGAUGGUUGCAAGCAUAAGUCCAGUGGUUAGUAAAGUGGAACGUGUUGAGCAGAGCUCUCCUGCCAAGCCUACUCCUAUCAUUAAUGGAAUUGAAUCCAUGGGAAGGAGCAUUGAGAAUAAGCCAAGGAAAUUGGAGGAUGUUUCUGAUAAAAGCAGACAUUGGGAACUGACCGAGAUUGUUGAUCCUUUACAGUGCAGAACAGUCACCAUGCCAGAUAACUCAGAUAGCAAGGUUGUUCGGCUUCUUUAUACAAAUUCUGGUGUUGGCAUUCUGGCUCUUGGAUCGAAUGGGGUUCAGAAAUUAUGGAAAUGGAUUCGUAGUGAACAAAAUCCCACUGGGAAGGCUAGUGCUAAUGUUGUUCCACAACAUUGGCAACCAAGCAAUGGUCUGCUCAUGACUAAUGAUGUCCCUGACAAUUUGGAGGAAGCAGUUCCUUGUAUGGCCCUGUCAAAGAAUGAUUCCUAUGUAAUGUCUGCAUGUGGGGGAAAGGUUUCAUUGUUCAAUAUGAUGACAUUUAAGGUAAUGACAACUUUUAUGCCGCCACCUCCUACUUCAACCUUUUUGGCAUUUCAUCCUCAAGAUAAUAACAUCAUAGCAAUUGGAAUGGAGGAUUCAACCAUCCACAUUUACAAUGUUCGGGUGGAUGAGGUUAAAACAAAAUUGAAAGGUCACCAGAAACGCAUAACUGGUUUAGCAUUUUCUACAAGCCUUAACGUAUUGGUCUCAUCAGGUGCUGAUGCUCAGCUUUUCUUCUGGAACACGGACACUUGGGAAAAGAGAAAGUCAAUAGCGAUCCAACUGCCUGCUGGAAAGGCACCUCAAGGUGACACUCGAGUGCAAUUCCAUUCUGAUCAAAUUCGAUUGUUGGUAUGCCAUGAGACUCAACUUGCAAUAUAUGAUGCUUCCAAGAUGGAGCGCUUACAGCAGUGGGUUCCACAAGAUGCACUUUCUUCGCUCAUAUCUUGGGCAGUAUAUUCCUGCAACAGCCAACUAGUUUAUGCUACAUUUGCUGAUGGUAACAUUGGAGUAUUUGAUGCUGAUAGUUUGCGGCUAAGGUGCCGUAUUGCACCAUCUGCAUAUAUGCCCCCAGCAUCAUUGAACAGCCAAACUCUGUACCCGCUAGUUGUCACAGCACACCCUCAGGAGCCCAAUCAAUUGGCUGUUGGACUUACAGAUGGAACUGUUAAAGUUAUAGAACCCUCUGAGGCUGAGAAAAGGUGGGGAGUACCAGUGCCUGUGGAUAAUGGAAUCGAAAAUGGCAGGAUAGAAACAUCAUCCGCUACUAACACUUCUGAGCAGCUUCAGAGAUGAAAACAGCUAUUCCUUAUGCUUCUGAAUAUGUAUAUUAUCCUUGUAUAAUUAGUCCGUCUUGCUGCCUAAUUAAAUGUGUGGGCAUAGAGAAAAGAAAGUUAGAAACAAGAUAAAGUCAUGUAUAUUUGGAGCUAACUUAAUCUUAUAAAUACAACGCUUGCUGCUUCAAAUGAUAAGUUCAUCCCUACUCUCCUGUCUCACAGAGAGCAUCAAGAAGAAAUUCACCUCAUUGUAAACUCUCUAGCAUGUUUGUUGAGGAGAAAUUAAUUGAGCAAAUGUUC